AUGGUUUCAAAAUUACCACCAGAAUGUCUCUACAAAAUAUUUGACGAAUUCAGUUAUAGCCAAAUUGGCAAAGAGAAAAAUGGGUUCAUUCAUCUUCGUUCUGUCAUAUUAGUGAAUAAAUACUGGUGUAAUGUUGCCAUUCCAAUACUUUGGCGUAGAACAUUUAAUUGGAUAUAUCAGAAAAAUAAUGACGGGAACAGACAUGUCCAUCUUAUGUCAACCUAUAUUUCAUGCUUGCCAGAAGAAUCUAGUGUCAUUUUAGACAAGUCUGGAGUUAAUUCAUUGAUCACUCAAUCAGCAUUUCGAUCAAAUUUUGACUAUCCUUCCUUCUUGCAAGGUCUACAAUAUAAAUGGUUAUAUAAUUCUGUAGAUAAGUGGUUGGAUGCACAUACUUCGACAGACGUUAUGAGAGGAAAUCGCGAGAUGAAUCCUCUUCCAAUUUUUGUUGAAGAAUUGUGCAAGUUAUUUAUGAAUAGAUGUACAAACUUGUUGCAGCUUUCUUUUAAUCAUCUGGAUGAUUUCGGUGAAUAUCCUAUAUGUCCCAUAGUUAAUAUGCCAAGUUUUACCGGAGCUUCAGAUGCACUAGCGAAUCUUCGUCAUUUUGACUUUCAUGGAUGUCUGGAUCCAAAAAUUCUAGAGAGUGCAGCAAAGAUAUGCAAAUUCGUUAAAGUGCUCUCAGUUGCCUGUUGUUGUUACGAUAAUGAAGGUUUGGCCACGUUUAUUGACCAACAAACUCGUUUAGAAAAUCUUUCAAUUGAAUUUGAACAAAAUGGAGGUGAUCUUCCUAAGAUAAGGAAUUCCUUAUGUAAUAAAGGGAAGGAUCUUUCUGCGUUGAUGAUUAGGCAAAUUUUUUUUCCACUAGAUAUUCUCGGUCAUAGUCCAAAUCUUACAGGCUUAUUUAUAGAAGAUGGAUAUGAUCUGCACAGAGAUAUUUUUGGACAAUUUGUCAAUUGGCAGUUUUUUCGACUCACAAAUCUUUUCCUUGCGAUCAAGAAUGUACACAUUGGUUCUAUCAUUCAAUUGAUAAAUAAUACGCAUGGAAACCUCACCACUGUUAGGAUUGUAUGGACCAAACCUGUUGAUAAAUAUAAUUUUAAUCUUUACACUGAAACUAUUCUUGUAAGUUGUCCGCGCUUGAUUGCUUAUCAUGGAUAUUUUGAUGACAGUGAAAUUGGAAAGAUGCCCGAGUUUUUCGAGAAACAUAAAAAUCUAGAAGAGUUUCAUAUUAGUCAAUAUUCUCUCACACGUUGUGAGAUCAGUAAUAUGUUGAAGAAGCUUGGAAAAUAUCUGCCAUCAAAAUUACGAGAAAUUUAUCUGCCAACCAACUAUGUUUAUACCACUGAAUCUUUGGAGUCAUUCCUUGAAAGUUGUGCAACAAAACUACAUGCCCCUUUGAAACUUACCCUCCGCUGUAGAUCUACAAUACACGAAGAAAUUCUUUCUCGUUAUGUGGAACGAAAAAUUAUCAAGCAACUCAUUCAGCAAGAUGAUUUUGUAAAAGUUAGUGGUCAUUGGUUAGAAGAGAAAUUAGAAGCUUAUUUGCUAGAUAAUAAAUUAGGUUAUGGUAGUUGGACUAAAAUUUUAAGUCAUCAAGAUUUUCCUGACUAUCAAAUUAGACUAAAAGAACCAAAAUUAUGUGAUACUUCUGUUCAACAGUAUUCUGGAUAUCUUGAUGUUAGUAGAAAGAAACACUUUUUUUUUUGGUUCUUUGAAUCUAGAAAUGAUCCAAGCAACGAUCCUAUUGUUCUUUGGUUAAAUGGUGGUCCGGGUUGUUCUUCUUUAGUUGGCUUGUUUUUUGAACUUGGCCCUUGCACAGUUAAUGAAAAUGGAGAUGAUACUACUAUCAAUCCUUAUUCAUGGAAUUCUAAUGCUAGCAUCAUUUUCUUGGAUCAACCCAUGAAUGUUGGAUACUCUCAUGGUUCCAAAGUGAGCACGACCCUUGCGGCAUCCAUUGAUGUUUACGCAUUUCUACAAAUUUUUUUCCAAGAGUAUCCUCAAUAUGCACAUUUGGACUUUCACGUUGCCGGUGAAUCGUACGCAGGUCAUUAUGUUCCUGCCAUAGCUGCUGAGAUUAAUAAUAACAAUAAAGGAACAUCACCCUGGGUUCUCGACAAAAAACCAAAGUCCCUUUUACAUAUAAACCUGGAAUCAAUUCUGAUAGGUAACGGUAUAGUAGACCCGUUGGUCCAAUAUAAAUAUUACCCAGACAUGGCUUGCAAUUCAUCCUACGCUCCAGUACUCGAUAUUCCGACUUGCAACAAAAUGCGUGAUGCUUACGCGACUUGCGCCAAGAUGAUUAAAAAAUGUUAUGAUGGUGUUACUACAACUUGUUUAACUUCUUCAAUGUAUUGUAACAGACAUAUCGUUUUUCCUUAUUAUUCAACUCGCAGAAAUCCUUAUGAUGUGAGGAAACAAUGUGAUAAUGGGGAUUUGUGUUAUCCAGGCAUAGACGUCAUUGAAAAAUAUUUGAACAGAGGAGAUGUUAAAGAAGAACUGGGUGCAAACCCUUGGAUGAGGUAUAGAAUCUGUAGCUCGCAGGUUAAUUUUAGAUUUCAAAUGGCUGGCGAUCUAAUGAAACCUUUUCAUAUUCUACUUCCACCUCUUUUGGAUGAUGGUGUACGUAUUUUAAUAUAUGCGGGAGACGCAGAUUUUAUCUGUAAUUGGGUUGGGAACGAUGCAUGGACUAAAGAAUUAGACUGGAGUGGCAAACAAGGAUUCAAUGAUGCAAAAACUAGACCUUGGAAGGUCAAAGGUGAUAAAUCAGUGCAUGCGGGUGAAUAUAGGUCUUACAAAGGACUUACUUUUUUAAGAAUUUUUGAGGCAGGACAUAUGGUCCCAUACGAUCAACCUCGUCCAA